AUGAGGACCAGCACAUCCACGAAGGAUUUACUUCAGGAUAUGGCUGAUAAAACGAACCGUACCCUCAAUCAGACAAUCAAUGAAAUUUUGGAAGACUACUUAAAAGAUUAUUACAAAAAAGAUAUUAAAGAUACAGGUGAAAAAAAGGAGAGAUCGGGAAUGUUAGAGCCAGACGGCAUUAAACACGAAACAAAAAUCAUUGCUUUUUCCAAUAACAAGGGCGGUGUCGCAAAGACCACCACUUGUACUGCACUCGCUGUUUUAAUGGGGAAGAGACAGAAAAGAGUUCUCGUUGUUGACCUUGACAUUCAGUGCAAUGCCUCAGAUUUAAUGGGAUAUGACAGUUGCAGCGAGGUAGCAACUGUUAAAGACUAUCUAACCGCCUUCUUUGAUAGUGGUAAAAAACAGCCUGUACAUAACUUUAUUCAUGGCACAGAGUACAAGAAUAUUGAUGUCAUUGUAUCUGAUCAAGGGAUGCAGCACAGCUUCGAGUCAACAUUCCUACAGACAUGUUCUGAGCGUGGUGAUCUGGUUGGCCACCUCUUCAAUGAUAUUAAGAAACUUGGUAUUUACGAUUAUGUUCUUGUUGACACUCAGCCAUCUAUGGGGCUGCUCGUAACCAGUACUUUUAAAUGUGCCGACUGGGUGGUUAUUCCUACAGAUGCUGAUAAGCAUGGCAUUGAAGGUGCUAUCAAUGUUUGCAAUUUUAUUGCGAUGAGAGAAGAAGAUGGAAUGACUGCCGCUAAAGUAGCUGGAGUUUUAUUUGUAAGAGCUGAUGAGAGAACUGCUUUGUCGAAGGCGAUUCCUACGUUUAAGAAUGAUCUUACUGAGAAUGGCAUACACUGUUUCAACACCUUUAUUCCGCAGAAUACCGAUGUACCAAAAUCUCGAAUGAGCAGCAAGCCGGUAACUGCAAUGUAUCCAGUCUCUAAGGCUUCAAAGAAGUAUGAAGCAAUGCUUAAUGAAUUGGAGGCUAAUUAUGAGUCAGUAGAUGAUCCUAUUUUCAAGAAGGAAAUUAAGGAGCUUGUUGAAGCUGCACCUACUGCCUCUGUUCAGGAAGACAGAGCUAACACUGAAGUUGUUCAGCAGAACAUUCAGCGCAUUGAUAAGCUGUUUCCUGCUAAGCAUGAUAUUGACAUUGCACUUGAUGAGCUUGCUCCUGCUCCUGAUGAAUGGAACUUCUUCCCAAUGCCUGACGAAGAGACUUUCAAACUGAUUGUAAAGAGUAUCUAUCAUCAGGGACAGCUUGCUCCAGCUCUUGUAUGA